AUGUCGACCGUCAACUUUGCCGUCGUUGACAUCUUCUCUUCAACCGCGUACAAGGGAAACCCUCUUGCGGUCGUUGAUGAUCUCGCCGGCACUCUCAGCGACACCCAGUUGAAGCUGAUUACCCGGCAGUUCAAUCUCUCCGAGACGACAUUCUUCUCUAAACCAACCCGGGCCCAAGCCACCUACCGGCUGCGAUCUUUCCUCCCGAACGGCAGAGAAGUUCUGGGCAUCGGGCACAAUAUUCUCGGCGCUUGGUGGUACCUUGCCGAAGCAGGCUUUCUCGACUUUUCCGAGACCAAAUUUGUGACCAAGUCGCCCGAUUCUGACGAGUUUACUUUUUUCCAAGAGCUGGGAGAUGCCGUCAUGCCGGUCCAGAUUCUACGGACGAAGCUCGAAGGGCAACAUCCUCUCUAUUCAGUGGCAAUCACGCAAGCACCCCCAAAAGCUCAUGGCCGACAUCCAGAUCCGGAGGCACUCGCUAGAAGUAUUGGGCUGGAGACCAAGGACAUUGGUCUGCCCGAUAAUGAUUCACUUGCCCCGCGAGUCAUGUCAACUGCUUCCACAUACCAUCUGCUGGUGCCUAUCAAGUCCAUUACUGCUCUGAAUCAAGUCGUCGUGGAGAGGGAUGUUCUCCUGCAACAAGUUCGCUUAGCUGAUGAGCGUUCCUUUGGAUUAUUCCUCUUUACGCCAGAUGCAAAUAACUCUGGAGAGCCUGGUAGCGAUCGGUACCAGGCCAGGUUCUUCAGUCCAGGCAUGUCUACCGAAGACCCGGCGACUGGCAGCGCCGCAGGACCGCUGUCCGCAUACUUAUAUAAUGAAGGCCACCUAAGUGUGACUAAAGGAGAGGCAAGUAUCGAGGUUCUGCAAGGAUAUAAUGUUGGAAGGGAGUGUAAGAUACAGGUUGGCUUGUCCGUUUCGACCGGCGCUGAGGAUAGCCAUGAUGUGCGUGUUCAACUGAUUGGAGGCGGUGUAGAAAUAUCCAAGGGCACGAUUGUAAUUCCUGGUGAUGAGGUUUUGUUCUGA